GAGGGAGGGGCACAGAGGGCGCUGGCACCUCUCUGAGGUUAGAUAAGCGCCCGCGGCCGGGCCAGCAAACAGCACCGUCCACCCCAGCGAGGACAUUGCUCCCCUCCACAGUGUGUGAGCGGCACGCCACACCGAGGCCGCUCUCUUUUUCGUGCGUGCGCGCUGAGGCCGCUGCGAUCAUCCCCCGAAGAUGGGACGCUCCACACGCGGCAGGGCAUCCGGCCCCCGCCGCUCCGACCCGGUCGUCGAGCCCACCGCCGCACCGCCGGAAGCUUUGGAGACGCCGCGCCCCGCCGGGCCUGCCUCACCUCCAAUCGAGGCCACCAGCGACAGCGACACUCUGCCGCUCUCCGACGUCGACUCCACACUGUCCGACGCAGACACCCCCACUUCUGACUCCGAGUCCGGGUCAGACUCGCCUGCCCCGCCACGCCAUAAGCGGCGGAGAGGAGACGCCCGACAUAGUCGCAAGACCAACCCGCCGCCGAGUCCUGGGCCGACGGUGGAUUUUCUUCGCGCAAGCAAGGCACCAUUAAAGUCCACACAACCGCCGCCACCGCGCCGUCUUAAGCUGCCCACGGUCGCCCCGGAUACUCUUCGCCGCCUCCGCAACCGCACAAAGGUUGUGGACAUCAACGACCUACUACACCCGCGCCCAUUUGGAGGUCGCGGCGGGACUGCACCAGCCCAGUCCUGCACAUCUACGGCCGACUACCUGCGCGGGCUCGCCAUCCUGGUCGCCUACCGCUCCUACUUUUUUCCGACGAUGGCCGUCCAAUGGGCCAUGUACGCGGUGUGGCUGCACGGUCACGCAGCCGGCCUCACCCUGUCGGCAAUGAGGGAGCUGGACGGCCAGGGACGGACGCACCUAGCACAGUACCCGCAGGACUACCACAGCCCGGCAGAGCUCACCGAAUGCGUGCAAGGGUUCCUGGCGUCCCGCCGCUCGCUCUCAGGCUUUCCGCUCGGUCCCGACACCGCCGGCCGCCGUCCGGCGCCGCGCCCCGCCCUCCCCGAGCCGUGCUUCCGCUGGAAUAACGGCCGGUGCUCUGCCGGCGCCUCAUGUCGACGCCCCCACACAUGCACCAGCUGCGGCGGCCCGCACCCAGCCCACGCCUGCCCCUCAGCCCAGGGAAACGCCCCGCGCCCGCUAAUGACACCCCUAGCGGGCCGCUACUAGCUCCAGGCCGCGCGGCAGCCACGGUGGGUAGCGCCCCCGCCUCAGUACCGGACCACCCUCAUCCGCCGGUCUCACCCCACAUGCUCGCACAGCUGUCCUCCCCACUCACCGACCCCGCCCUACUGCGCACGGUUACCGACCGGCUAUUACAUGGGGCGAACAUAGGCUACACCGGCCCACUCACCGGCUCACUUCGCCCAAACAACCGUUCGGCGAGCAUGUAUCCUAAA